AUGGCAGUGACCGAUGACCUGCCAGUAGUGCCUCGUCGGAUCACCAAAGCGUUGAUCUCGGCCGCCAGCCGGCCGACGGCCUUGGACUCCAGGAGCCGACCCAAGUCAUUGAUCGACAUCGAAGGAUCUACCCUCAUCGCCCACGUGCUCCGGCAGUUGUACAGGGGCGGCAUCCGACAUGUGAUCUUCGUCGUGUCUCACAAUGGCCCUCUCAUCGUGGAGGAGCUGGAGAGAUGUACGCGGAACAUGCGUGGGCUGCGCUUAGAGGUAGUAGACCUGCACGAAGAUUAUGAAGGCUUCUAUGCGGCCUCCCUCCUUUGCGCCUGUGAGCGAUGCCUCCCGGACGGCCGGGACCCAGCGAGCGAGCCGGGUGUCCUCAUCGCCACCGCCGACCAUAUCUUCGAUGACACCCUGGUGACCGACAUCUGUACCGCUCCGCUCUCGCGGGGCACCACGGACGUUUGUGUCUUGGUGGACUUCAGCAGAGACAAGUGGAGCGGCCCGGGACCCCUUCUCCACCGUUCCUUCCGAGCCGGGACAGUUGGGAGCCGGUGA